UUUCUGUAAAACCAGUUAAAGCUUGCACAGUGUCAGACACGGCAGAGAAGACAUUAUUACAUCUCUGACAGAGUUUGGAGUAGUUGUUGUUACAGGAGACGGAGGACUGCUGAAUCAGGACUUGAGGACCUUCUGGGACUUUUUACUAUCUUGUCCUUCUGUAUUUUAUCACUCUUUUGAAACGAAGUGAACUUUUGAUGGGGGAAAAGCUCCCAAAGGUGCCAGGAGACCCCGAGCUCCGCAGUGACACUUUGAGCAGACCGGUGCGGACCCUCAGGGUUAAGAUGGUUCUUCUGGGGGGCUCUGGUGUGGGAAAGUCCAGCCUGGCCCUGCGGUUCUGCAAGAAUGAGUUCAGGAGGACAUCACCUACUGUAGGCUGUGCAUACCUCACCCAGGUGGUGUAUCUGCGGGAAGUCACUCUUCGCUUUGAGAUUUGGGACACGGCUGGGGAGGAAAAGUACCACAGUGUCACCCCCCUUUACUACAGAGGAGCCCACGCUGCACUGCUGGUCUAUGAUAUCAGCAAAAGGGACACAUUUAUCAGAGCUCAAGUGUGGCUCAGAGAGCUGGAGAAGCAGUACGUCUCAGGAUCCACCUCCCUGUGGCUGGUGGGCAACAAGGGCGACCUGGAACAGCAUCGACAAGUGUCAGUGCAGGAAGGACAGAGUCUGGCCAAUGACAGAGGGUUAUUCUUCACAGAGACAUCAGCCCUGUCAGGGGAUCAGGUGGAGCAGCUGCUGCUGGAUGUAGCCCACAGGGUGUGCGAGUGUGUUGGAGCGCAGCAGGGGGCGCUGUCAGAGUGGAAGGAGACGCCUCAUGUGGAUUUGUGCCACAGAAACACAUUCAAUCCUUUUGCAUCCUGCUGCAAAGUGGGACCCUGACCUCUAACUCUGUUGGUUGUUGUACUGCUGGUCUCUGUUUUAAAGCUGCACCGGGUAACACAUGGGCACCUGGUGUACAUCACAACAUCUCAAAUAAAGAAUUGUAAAAAAACA